AUGUAUUAUUAGAAAUUCUCUGUCCGUAGAGGAAAAGUUUUAAAAUAGAUAUCUGGAAUAUACUAUAUUCUCGUAGGGAUUAUCUCCCACUCGAUUUUGCGAGAGAAGUGAAGUGCGAAAUGGCAUAAAAUCGUUUAUAUUAAACGCGCCCUGGACUUUCCGCGUGGUUGAUAUUUUCCUCGUUGGCCAAGUAAUUUCCGCUGAUUCAAACCUAAAACAGUUAUGGUGAAAAGUAACACUCGCGAGAGAGGAUUUCCACAGGAAAACAUCCAACUGAAAUACUCUUCCAGUGAGAAUAGAACAUCGAGAUGGCAAACGUGAAUAAUGAGUCCUUUUAUUUCCAGAAGAAGGCUGGGCGAGAAGUGCAAGUAGUUCCUAUUGGACCUUGACGCCAUUUUGGUGGAGUCGAAGUCGGUGCAAAGUAGUCGAAGUUGCAGGAACGAGAAGGUACAGCACGCAGGCAAAAAUGGUGGACACAGGAACUGGUACUUUGUAUAUUAUUGGAUCCUUCAAGCGAAUGACUACUGAUCCUGAUUUCAAGUUGUACCUGACAUCGAAUGUGUCAUCCAGCGACUUCAAUAUGGGAUAUAGCAUGACGGGGACGUUGGAACGUGGUUGCAAGAAAACAAACUCUUUUCAAAUGACACAUUUUGCAGUAAUUCGAAGACGCGAUUACGAGAAGGCCUACGAAGAUCCAAAUCCCACCUAGUGCCCGUCCACACCCACACUCUCAGAGUGUGGGAAUUACGAACACUACACGUAGGGUGCCUCUUUCAUAUUUCUUCAAAAAUAAUUACAUCCAUGUGAUUAAAAUUACCUCGAAAAAUUAGGUAACAUUUUUUAUAAUUUAUUAAACUUGACUCAUUUUUCAAAUUCACCAUUCAAUUCUUCAAUUUACGAUCGUUUUAUACAUGAAAGACUGAGUACGAUUAUUUCCCAAUUAAAAUGAAUUCCUGAAGAUAAUUAGAUUUAAGGUGAAUCUGUUAAUCAAAUUCUAGUCCUUUUUUUCUUUUCAAAUUUUCUAUAAUAGAGAACAUGGAUUUUUUUUGUACAAGAGGGCAAAAAGAGAUUAUUUUCAAGCUUCAAAAGUCCUAAUUGAAAUGAAUCUGUGAAAAGGGUCAAAUGAGAAACGAGAAUUGAAUCAUAGGAGAAAAGUUUGUAAUUGAGACCUCAGAAACUCUUCAUUCAAUCUGUCAGUGAAUGGAAUUCAUUAAAGUCAGGGAUGGACGAAAACUUGUCCCGCAAAACUUGCUCAAGUAAUAUUAUAUUUUUAAUCAAUAAUUAAUAUCCUGCAUUACUUUCCAUUAAAAUAGAAAAAAGGUUCAUCUCAUUAAAAUUCCUGACACAUCAGACGAGAAUUGAAUAUUUUUUGGCAAUUAUUUCAAUUCGAUUCACGCGAGAAAUUAAUUUAUUAGUAAUUAAAUAAACUUCUAGAGAAUAAUUACUUUUUUAUAAUAAAUCAAUAUUACCUAAUUAAUAUUAUUAUUGCAAUUGGUAAAUACUUAGCUACACUGAGAAAACUG